AUGACCUCUCAUGAGAAUUACACAGUCUUUCGAGAAUGUCUCUCGAGCGCAAUAGUCGCGCGAUCUGAAAAACCAAAGACAAAGCGACGGACGAAGGUCAAGCGCAAUGGGCGCAAAGAGGUCACUGUGGCUAGCUCGGAGGUGGUAACGACCGAACGAGCUAAUCCAGAGGAACUGGCCGAAUUUAUUGAUUUCAUCGCAUCUGAAACUUUUACCUCUUUCCCCGAAGAUCUACAAACAAUUUCCUAUGCUGCGGUCCAGCAUGAUUUAGCCCUCGCAAAAAGCUAUGUCCCCUCUGAUAAAGACACACCUCUCGAGUCCGCCGUCCUCGAAUCCAUCUGCUCAGUAACACCCGUUGACGUGAUAGACUCGUUAUCUGUGUAUGGGCUCAUGGCUGACCCUGCCGAUUUUCCUGAAUUCAUAUCGCCCGUUUUAUCCGAGUUUAUAAGCAGCGUGACGAGCGCACCGCCAGUGUGGGCCACGACAAGGACAGAUGCAUGCGAGAUCUGUGAGCGGGAUUGGAUCCCGUUAUCAUAUCACCACUUGAUUCCGCGAGGAGUACACGCCAAGGUACUGAAGAAGGGAUGGCAUGAUGAGUGGAUGCUGAAUAGUGUUGCAUGGCUAUGUCGUGCGUGCCAUAGCUUUGUCCAUCGCAUGGCGACUAAUGAAGAGCUGGCCAGGGAGUGGUUUACUGUAGAUCGGAUCAUGGAGAGGGAUGAUGUGAGAGAUUGGGCUAAGUGGGUUAGCAGGGUGAGGUGGAAGGCGACAUGA